AAAUCACCAUUUUUCAAAGCUCAAGUUUCUUUCAUAUCCGCCUCCUUUCAUCCACGUCCCACUUCCCUUCACCACUGUAGCUGUUGCUCGGCGUCGUUCCCUAACCUCCGCCUGUCACACGUGUCUCGUCACUCGCAACCAUGGCGUGGGGAAAGCCCGGCACCGGCGUGGUGAAGUCGUACGCCGUGGAGUGGUCGACCAUGGAGCAGGCGACGGCCAAGAGCGUGGAGAGGCUGAGAGACGGCGAGCGGGUUGCGGAGGAGGAGGAGGAGGAGGAGGACCCGGUGUGCCCGCUCUGCAUCGAGGACCUCGACGCCACGGAGAUCCAAUUCCGGCCCUGUCCCUGCGGCUACCGCGUGUGUCUCUUCUGCUACGAGCGCAUCAAGCUCGAGCUCAAGGGCAUCUGCCCGAGCUGCCGCUCGCCCUACGGCGACCCGCAGAUGGCGGCGCCGCCGCAGCCGACGGCGUCGGGUGCAUCGUCGGGUAAACGGCGGGGGUCGAUCAGCUCUCGCGGCGGCGAUGGCAAGGCGCCGGAGCUGGGAACGUCGAUUGCGGGAGCGUCGAUGGGGGUGUCGAUUCUGGGAGCCGGCGAUCAUCGCAACCACUCGCGAGUGUCGCCUGCUCCGCCGAUUCUCGCGUCGUCGGAGUUCCCGACGCUCUCGUCGUCGCCUCCGCUCUCAGUUCAACCUCGAAAGCUACCCUCGUGGGAGAAACCUCGCCCGGCCGCUCCACCGUCAGCCGCACCACCAUUCGCACCACACUCGUCCACAUCAACAUCAUCAUCGUCGUCAUCAUCGUCAUCAGCAUCAUCCUCCGUAGCGCCAUGGGCCACAGCUACACCUGCAGCCACAGCCACCGCAGCCACAGUCGCAGCCGCGUCUACGCCGUCGUCGUUUCCGCCGCUCCUACCGCUCGAUCCCCCGCAACAGUCCGGAUCCAUCCCGCUUGCCGGCCGGCAGCCGCCUCCCCAGAGUCACGCCGCUUCGAGUCACACGACGCAGAACCGUGCCGCAGCAGCAGCGGCGGCUGGCGUGCAGCAUUCGUCGGCCAACGGCCUUUCCGCUUCGAGCCUGGUAACCCCCGCUGCUUCGUGGCCCGCGCUUAAGGCAGAGCCGGCUUCGGCAGGCGCAUCCGCGUCCGCCUUAUCGAGUCAGCCUCAAACGGGGAAGUCCGCGGGCAGAGAUGCGAGGAAGGAGUCGGGCGGGGAGAGGGGUAAGGACGCGGGGAAAGCGGGCGAGGGCUCCAAGGCCGCGCCGGUUGCGUCUGAUGGGCCGACGCCGGCGGGGAAGAAACAGCAAACCUCCGCGGGUGCAAUGGCGAAUGCCGCAUCGACUUCCGCGUCGUCCUCCGCCGCUCGUCCCGCCGCCAAGGCGUCGGCCGUCAGUCCCCCCCCACCCGUGCCCGCCAACUCCGCCUCUCGCCUGCCCUCCGCCGCGUCUCACGAGCCCGCGUGCGACGGCGGUGCGAACAGCCGCGGCAGCAGCGCGACCACCGCCAGGAGCAACGCGAGGGACACCUCCACCGCCACUCGCGGCAGCGGCAGCGGUAGCGGCAGCGGCAGCAGCAGCAGAGGCAGCGGCAGCGGCAGCGGUAACGGUAGCGGCAGCGGUAACGGCAGUGGUAGCGGUCGCAGCAAGCGCAGCAGCGGCGGUGGCAGCAGCAGGAGCAGCAGCAGCGGGCGAGGGAGCACGUCGGACGACGAGAUGGGGUUCGCUCUGAGCGACCAGCUCGCGGAAAUGCUGCUCCACAGCCCCGGCCGACCGGAGCUGGGCCGCGCCGACCCUGGUGCCUCCGCUGCUCCAACCGUCGCAGUGCAGCCAGAUGCGGCGGAAGCAGUUGCCCGGGGGUCUGUGCGCACUGCGCCCAGCCAGGGGAGCGAAACCGGCGCAAUCUCGGAAUUGGCUUCCGCAGCGGCCAGCUCAGAUGCUCCGAAGCCUUCCGCGUCGACGCCGUCCCUCCAGAGAGUCCUGGACUCCGCGUCACCGCACAGCACCGAUUCAUCCGUCCCCCUCGCCGCUGCUGGCUCCCACGGCAGCAUCUCGUCGCCGUCCUUCUCAACGUGGCUCUCGCCGCACUCCACCUCGUCCCCUGCCACUCGCUCCAAGCCGGUCCUAUCCGCCACUAGCGGGGUGGGUUGUAACGGGGUUGCAGUGCCAGGCUGGGCGGCGUCCGUGGCUCCAUCGGGGGGCGGCGGGUUGGAGCGGGUGCAGCAGCUGCAGGCGCUGCAGCGGCAGCUGCAGCAGGCGUUCGUGGGCGUGGGGUGGUCGACGGACGAGAUGCAGCGCGCCAGUGAGAUCGUCGCCGCCGCCAAGCAGUCGCAGAGCCGCUUCUCCGGUGCCGCAGCAGCGACAGGCGCAGCAGCGACAGGCGCAGCAACAGCAGCCGCAGGGAUGCCAGCUGUAAUAGCGAUGCCUCUUACUGCGCUGACGGUUGUAGCACCAGCAGCAGUUGCCGCAACUCCGGUUUUUGCGACCCCUGCGCCUACUGGUGCUUCCGCCGCCCCUGCCUACGCAGCUGCUCCCAAAGCUGUCUCAUCCAAGCCCGUAACCCCCCCUCCUGGCUUCCGCGCCACCCCUCCCCCUGGCUUCGCACCCCUUUCUCCGCCUCCUGGGUUCGGCCCGUCCGCGGGCGCAAAAAAAGCGGAUGCGGGCGCGCUGGGGCAGGCGGACGUGCAGGCGCAGGCGGCCGCCGCCGCUGCAGCAGCAGUAGCAGCUCGGGGUGGGUCGGGACUAGGGCUAUCCGGCUCGACUGGGGGUGCAGCAGGGGGGGGGAGGUUGGGUGUGCGAUCUGCGGAGUCAGGGGGGGCAGCGUGGGGGGUGGGGGCGACAGGCACAGGCGCCUCCUCUGCCUCGUUUGGCUCGCCGCUGCUCAGCUCGGGGUACUCCAGCGCUCCCGGGUAUGCCAGUGCUGCUGGCUACGCGAGUGCUGCAGGCUAUUUCAGUGGGUCGGGCUACAGCAAUGCAGGGACUGGGUCGGGGCGGAUUGGGUCAGAGGUGGUGGCGUCGGGGGGUGUGGGGGAAGCCAGGGGGACGUGGAGUGGGGGGGAUGCGGAUGCUGCUGUGGCGGCCAUUGCCAGCAUUUGGGGGCAGGAGAACAGUGCAGCCACUGCAGUCAGUGCAUUCAGCUCCUUGAAGCUGGGGUCCGCUGCCGAGACCACCAAGUGGCAGUCAGUGGGGUCCGGCCUCUCAUCGUUCACAGGAGGCGCCAUCCCCAUGUCCGCGUCACUGUCUCUCCUCGGCGCCUCCAUCUGGGGCAAUGGCUCCAUGCAGGCAGCCUCUCUGCAGCCCGCCAUGUGGGGCGCCUCAUCCCUCGCUCGCUCCCCCUCUCCCCAGCCUGGACCUCUGCCUGUGUCUGUCGGUGCCGGCAUGCAGUCGCAGGGUGGAGGGAUGAGCGCCAAGGCCUGUGCUCCUCUCUUUCCUUCGGGGAUCUCCUCAGUCACCUUUGGCCAGAGUGUUUCGUCCUUUCACCACCCUGCCUUGCCACUUGGACUCCCGCUGUGACCCGACUUGAUGCUGCAUUUGACUGCUGCUGCCAUUCUUGACUUUCCAGUCCCGGCUCUUGGUUGAAUAGACUUGCUUCAAUGGUGUGUGCCUAGAAAGGGUGACCAAAAAUUUUCUUUGCGCUGCUGUGCAUGUGUUAUUCUUCACUUUAAUUCUUCAUAUAGUACAUGCAAACAUAUUUGAGACAUU